AUAUAUUAUUACUUACUGCACGUUCGAACUUGAAAUCUCAAAUGUCAGUCGUGUGCGUACUUUGAACGAGCGAGGGUUGUGUGGUGCCUCUGACGACUUCGAAAGCUGUUUAGAACGAACGAACGAACGAAGAUAAACAGAUAAUUUCUUGAAAGAUGCAUCCAUCGUCGAAAGAUACAUGGAAAUCGGCGUACUAUUACAAUGCCGAUAAUAAUUACGCUUUUUAUCGCACGACCUCUAUUAAUUUGGAAGAUGCGAAUAAAUCGAUUAAACCAGCGAGAACGUUAAAGUUUGUACCACGAAGCAGCAGUACUCGAAACUAUUCUCCUCAGAGGAAAUCUAUUCCACGAACGAUUCGUUUGACGGAAUAUCAGGAAGCUGUACUUGAAGAUCAAUUUAAAAGAUGGCCAAGAGCACCUCAUACAGGUGAUAUUGUCCUAUUGGCAGCGGAAACAGGUCUCUCCGAGGAUGAUGUCCAGGAUUGGUAUGCUAUAAGAUUAGCUCAAUGGAGAAAGGAACAAGGUCUUGGUGGAAAUCUAGGAUUGCACUGAUCCCUGUUUUUGAACAUGUCGAAGAUAACUUGUGUACCUGAAUUUAAUGAUUGUAUUCAUUUAAUGAUCGUAUUCAUUUGUUAUACAUAACGAAAUCGUUGAUAUGAGGGAACCGAUAGUACUGCGUUAUAUUCAAACGAAUAUCAAUACGAAAAACGAAAAACGAUUAUUGAGUUAUAAGAAGGGAAGUAAGUUUUAAACAAAUAUCUUUAGAAAUAUAGUUUAAAAUUUUUUUUGAAAAACCAAAGAGAGUUCUUUUCUCAUACAAUUGAUUAACUCUAACUAUUGUAUUCUAACCAUUAUAUUCUAUGAAAUAUAGUUUAUCGUUUUUAAGAUA